AUGAUGUCAACACCGCGGGAACAAGAAGCAGCGAAAUACCUCGAAAACCACAAAAUCUUAGAGCUAAUGAACAACUUAACGAACAUGCUCUUUUAUUACAGACCAGAGCAUCCACAGGAAUUUCUGAUUUCCCAACUUGAGCAAAUGCAAGCAUCCAAACUUCAGGCAGUGGGUAGUCCAUGUUUGUUUGAUGAUUCCAACCUGGAUGCAGUGUGUAGUAUCCUAGAUCCUACAAAUCAAGGGUUCAUCUCUUACAAUCAAUAUAGAGAGGCAAUGAAGACACUUGGUAUCCAGGAUUUCAACGAGUGUCCACGGGGUCUUGAAAAUGACAGGAUAUCACAUGAUAUAUUCAAGCGAGAAGCGAAGGAGUGCCUUUUAAGAAAUGCAGGAACAUUCCAGAUGUGAUUAUGUAACCAAAU